AUGGACUCACUGGCCCCAGCAAGCGCUUGGUUUGGGUUGGAUCUUUUCAAAGACAUGAGUAAAACGGAUGAAGGCAACGUCUUGUUUUCCCCUGCGGGCAUCUCAACCACCAUCGGAAUGCUGCCCCCGGUGGCCCCGGGGGCCACUGCCACCCAGGCGCAGGAGGUGCCUUUCUCUGAAAAAGACACAGAAAGCUCAAGAAUCAAAGAAGAAAAAGAGGCGGGGAGACAAGGGCUUCCCUGGUGGCUCACCGAGAAGACAGAAGAGGUACAUCACCAGUUCCAAAGAGUUUUGAGUGAGAUAAGCAAACCCAAUGAUGACUAUGAACUGAAAAUAGCCAACCGGCUGUUUGGAGAAAAGACAUACCUCUUCCUUCAAAAAUACUUAGAUUAUGUUGAAAAACAUUACCAUGCUUCUCUGGAACCUGUUGAUUUUGUAAAUGCAGCAGAUGAAAGUCGAAAGAAGAUUAAUUCCUGGGUUGAAAGCCAAACAAAUGAAAAAAUCAAGGACCUGCUUCCAGACGGCUCUUUAAGCAGCUCCAUCAAGCUGGUGGUGGUGAACGUAAUUUAUUUUAAAGGGCAAUGGAACAGGGAGUUUAAGAAAGAAAAUACCAAGGAGGAGGAAUUUUGGCUGAAUAAGAGCACAAGCAAGUCUGUGCUGAUGAUGACACAGCGCCAGUCCUUUAGCUUCAAGACCCUGGAGGACGUGCCAGCCAAAAUUCUGGGCCUUCCGUAUCGAAACCAUGACCUCAGCAUGUUCGUGCUGCUGCCCAAUGACAUCGACGGUCUGGAGAAGAUUAUAGAUAAAAUAACUCCUGAGAAGUUAAUAGAGUGGACUAGCGCGGGGCGUAUGGAAGAGAGGGCCGUGGACUUGCACUUGCCCCGGUUCCGGGCGGCCGGCAGUUACGACCUGGAGGCCGCCUCCGCGGGGCUGCGCGCCGCCGGCCUCGCGGGGAGCCCCGGGGGCGCCGGGCUGCGGGCCCACAGGCUGCUGCACAGAGCGGUGCUGGAGGUGACCGAGGCGGGCACGGAGGCUGCGGCCGCCACCGCUGUGGGCUUCGCCGUCACGGCGGCCCCGGACUGGGAACGUUUUCACUGCAAUCACCCUUUCCUGUUCUUCAUCAGGCACAACGAGUCCGACAGCGUCCUUUUCUUUGGCCGAUUUUCUUCUCCUUAG